CACAGACACAACAACCGCCGGCAAUAUGAUGGGUCUUCGCACAUUCGUGAAGGUGGCAGCCGUGAUGGCGGUGGCGUGCGUCGUGACGGCUGAUCCCGAACCUGUUUCUGGCGGAGGCAACGGCGGUGGCUUCGGUGGUGGAAGGCCGGGUGGAUUCAGUGGAGGAUUCGGGUCUGGUGGAUCUUCAGGCGGAUUCGGGCCUGGUGGAUCUUCAGACGGAUUCGGGCCUAGUGGAUCUUCAGGCGGAUUCGGGUCUGGAUCUUCAGGCCUGGUGGAUCUUCAGACGGACACAGGCCUGGUGGAUCUUCAGACGGAUUCGGGUCUGGUGGAUCUUCAGACGGACACAGGCCUGGUGGAUCUUCAGACGGACACAGGCCUGGUGGAUCUUCAGUCGGAUUCGGGUCUGGUGGAUCUUCAGACGGACACAGGCCUGGUGGAUCUUCAGACGGACACAGGCCUGGUGGAUCUUCAGUCGGAUUCGGUCGGAUUCGGGUCUGGUGGAUCUUCAGACGGACACAGGCCUGGUGGAUCUUCAGACGGACACAGGCCUGGUGGAUCUUCAGACGGAUUCGGGUCUGGAUCUUCACCGGAUUCGGGUCUGGUGGAUCUUCAGACGGACACAGGACUGGUGGAUCUUCAGACGGAUUCGGGUCUGGAUCUUCAGUCGGAUUCGGGUCUGGUGGAUCUUCAGACGGACACAGGCCUGGUGGAUCUUCAGACGGAUUCGGCCGGAUUCGGGUCUGGUGGAUCUUCAGACGGACACAGGCCUGGUGGAUCUUCAGACGGACACAGGCCUGGUGGAUCUUCAGACGGACACAGGCCUGGUGGAUCUUCAGACGGAUUCGGGUCUGGAUCUUCAGUCGGAUUCGGGUCUGGUGGAUCUUCAGACGGACACAGGCCUGGUGGAUCUUCAGACGGAUUCGGGUCUGGAUCUUCAUCGGAUUCGGGUCUGGUGGAUCUUCAGACGGACACAGGCCUGGUGGAUCUUCAGACGGACACAGGCCUGGUGGAUCUUCAGACGGAUUCGGGUCUGGUGGAUCUUCAGACGGAUUCGGGUCUGGAUCUUCACCGGAUUCGGUUUGGAUCUUCAGCCAUGGGUGGAUCUUCAGCGGUGGGUCUGGGAUCUUCAGUCGGAUUCGGGUCUGGGGAUCUUCAGCGGACGGGUGGAUCUUCAGACGGAUUCGGCUUGGAUCUUCAGUCGGAUUCGGGUUCUGGUGGAUCUUCAGACGGACACAGGCCUGGUGGAUCUUCAGACGGACGAUUCGGUGGAUCUUCAGUCGGAUUCGGGUCUGGAUCUUCAGAUCGGAUAUCGGGUCUGGAUCUUCAGCGGAUUCGGGUGGAUCUUCAGUCGGAUUCGGGUCUGGUGGAUCUUCAGACGGACACAGGCCUGGUGGAUCUUCAGACGGAUUCGGUGUGGAUCUUCAUCGGAUCGGUCUGA